ACUUUUCCAGAUAUUUAUCGAGGAUCGUGGGUCGAUCUGACCACUGACAACGCUACAAAACCUUCAGUCAGAGUACCACAUCCGCAUAACGGACACGUCAGGAUGCCGAAUAUUAAAGUAAGUGUUCAGUAUUCAUUGCGAUUGCGUGUUUCGGGGCAAGCUUGGCGGGCGCUAUUUGCUGUUCCUGCAGAAAAGCCUAUACGUUUUUCAGAAUUACUAAUUAUGAUAAAUGCUUGCAAAAUUGCGUCGUCAUGUCGUGUAGCGGCUGUCAUACCAUGUUUUCCAUAUGCCCGUCAAGACAAGAAGGAUAAGUCACGUGCUCCGAUAUCAGCCCAAGCUAGUAAGUAUCAUAUGCUGUGUUUCUGGAAGCGAGUAUCUUCCAAUCGCACGAAACUGCUACUCUGCUGGGUGAACGUUCUGAAACAAUUACAGGGUUUCUUCGAUAUUCCUGUGGAUAAUCUGUAUGCGGAGCCAGCCAUCCUUAAGUACAUCAAAGAGUCGAUCCCCAAUUGGCAAACUUCUGUUAUUGUUUCUCCUGACGCAGGAGGAGCAAAAAGAGUGACUUCGAUUGCUGAUCGCCUCAAUGUUGACUUUGCUCUUAUUCACAAGGAGCGGAAGCGUGCCAACGAAGUCGAAAAGAUGACCUUGGUUGGGAAUGUUGAGGGCAAGGUGCGUUAUUUUAGUUCCUAUUGUUUUGAGGAAAUUCAUGGUUCAUCUUUGUGUUGCAAGCAGUUUGCGUGUAUCGACAUCUCAAUGAUUCUCGCGGAGGCGAUUCGACGAACACAUAAUGGCGAGUCGGUGUCGUAUUUGUUCUCUCAUGUUCCUAUUUGUUAG